AUGAGAGUUUUUAAGGCGAAUUUAAACUCUAAUUUAAUACAUAUUAACCAUUUUGCCCUAACUGUUUGCAAUUUUCUUCUUGUAAUAGCAAGUAUUGAGCGUUAUUUGGCUAAUAGUCCAUUCAAUGCACAAAAAUGUUUACUUGUUUUUCUUGUUAAAAGAAAACCUUUUGUUAUUUUUACAAUUCUUCUUUUUGCUUUUUUAUUGAAAGCUACUUUAUAUUUUGAAAUUAAUAUUUUUAAAUUACCUAAUUGUUCAAAUAUUAUAGAGAGUUCUAUUUUGGUUUUGAAUUUUAAUAAUAAUAAAAUAAUUAAAUACCAAUCUUUGCGAUUUUGGACAAGAAAUAUUCUUUCUGUAAUUUUACCAUUUAUUGUACUUGCUUAUUGUAAUUUAUGUAUUGUUCAAGUAUUGAGACGCCGUCGAAGAAAGAAGACAAUGGAUUAUUCUACUUCAAUUAACAGUCUAAAUGACAAUCAACAAAAUUUAAUACCCUCUUUUAAUAAUAAUAAAAAAAUUAUUAAUAUAGACAGUCAAUCACCUGCACUUUGUAAAAAUAAAUUUAUUGGAUGUUCACGUUCUACUAAACAAAGAAUUACUUUAUUUAAAUGUGCUUAUGCCCCUCUUAUUUUGGAUUUGAGAAAUAAACAAAAUAAAAAGUUAGAAGAACGUUUACCAUCAGAAAAUAGUAAUAAUGAAACAAAUAAGAAUUCUCCAUUACCUGUUGAUAAUGGAAAAAUUGGUGUUAGAAUUGCUACAAGAACUCUUGUAAUGGUUGUUGGUUGUUAUUUAAUUUCAAAUUCUCUAAGUACAGCAUUAAAUAUUUGGGAAUAUUUUGAUUUGAAAUUAUUACGUCAAAAUAAUUUUCAUAUUUAUUUGAUGAUAACUGAUAUUGCUGCUUUGUUAACAAUUUGUGGUUGCGCCCUUCGUUUACCAAUUUAUGUUUCAAAUGAUAAAAGAAUUAGAAAAGCAAUAUGUCGAGUAUUUAUUCGUUUACGUUUUGGGUUUUGUAAAAAUUCAAAGCCAAAAUCUGAGGAAAUUUUGAGGCUUGAAGGAAUUGAAAGAUUUUUGGAAAAAUAUUCAAUUGCUAUUGUUUCUAAUAGUUUAAGGAGUAAUUUAACUGGAAAUUUUGAAAAUAAAGGUAAAAAUAUUAGAAAAUUUGGAAAAUAA